AUGUCUGCUCCGAAGAAAAUUCUUGUCGUCCUGGGCGCAACUGGUAACCAAGGAGGUUCUGUUGUUCGAACAUUUCUCGGCGACAAAUCGCUGGCAUCCGAGUGGCAUGUCCGUGGAGUCACCCGCAACACCUCGUCUGCUGCCGCCACUGAGCUGGCCAACCUCGGCGCGGAAAUGGUGUCUGGUUCUCUCGACUCCGUCACAGACCUGCGCGCAGCCUUCAAAGACGCAACUGCCAUAUUUGCCGUCACAGACUUCUGGAGCGUCAUCCAAGAUCCAGCUGUCGCCCAGAAAGCCCAAGAAAAGGGUGUUCACCCUGCCAUGGUCGCUCAAGAGACUGAGGAGCAAUGGGGCUACAACCUUGCUGCCGCUGCUGCAGACAUCCCCACCCUGGAGCGCUUCGUCUUCAGCAACCUCCCUGGUGUCAAUGAGCUAAGCCACGGGAAGCUCAAGCAUGUGCACCACUACGACGGCAAGUGGAACAUCGUCAAGCACAUCGAGCAGACCUAUCCUGCCCUGUGGUCCAAGACGUCCCAAAUUUUGAUCGGGCACUACAACUCCAACAUUCUCCCGGGCUCCUACUUCGUCCCGCGCUGGAACCCCGAGACCAAGCGGGCCGAGUUCGACGGCCCCACCUCGGGCGACGUCGCCGUGCCGUUCAUCGAUGCGCCGAAGAGCACGGGCCCGUUCGUCAGGGCCCUGGUCGUCGACGAGCCGGCUGGGACCAUCCUUGCCGCGUACGACGAGUAUCAGUCGCGCUUUCAGACGGCAGACGCUCUUGCGCGCAUCACUGGUCGAGAGUUUGGCUUUGUCCAGAAGAGCGUGGACGAGUUAGCCGCUGGAGACCCUUUGGGUUUGGAGGUUCCCCAGACUCACCUGUUCGUGGAUGAAUACGGCUUCUUCGGUGAAAAGGUUGAAGGAUGGAAGGAAAAGCUGACUUGGCCUUCUGAUCUGAAGGUCAAGAUUGAGCCUCCCAGUCUUGCCAAGUGGUUGGAGGAGCAGGAUUGGAGUCCUGUGUUUGCAUCUGCCUAA